CAAACACACCCAAUAAUGACAAAGAGGCAGAAACGAGAGAGAGAGGGGUAGAGAUAAUGGAGAGUGAGAGUGAAAGAAAAGCUUCGAGCAAUUCUCGUAGUCCUAACAACUCCAAAGAUGCUAAUAAUAAUCCCAAGCUUUCAAUAAUAUCCAACAAAUCUAAAAGAGAGCCUGGAGGAUGGAAGAGCAUGCCUUACAUUCUUGGAAAUGAAACAUUUGAAAGACUAGCUGCAAUGGGAUUACUAGCAAAUUUCAUGGUGUAUCUAAAAAAAAUGUAUCAUAUGGAUCAAGUUUCGGCGACCAGCUUAAUGGGGUUAUGGACGGGAGUCACCAGUUUCUUGCCUCUUCUCGGCGCAUUUCUCUCCGACGCUUAUAUUGGCCGCUACUGGACUAUCGCUAUUGCUUCCAUUUUUUCCUUUCUGGGGAUGGCUUCAAUGACACUAACGGCAUGGUUGCCGCAGCUACAUCCACCGGGGUGUGGUGGAUCAGUGAAAUGCUUGACGCCGACGGCUUCUCAAUUGGGAUUCUUAAUAAUGAGUCUUUGUUUAGUAUCAAUCGGAAGCGGCGGAAUACGACCGUGUAGUAUUCCAUUCGGGGUGGAUCAAUUUGAUCCGACGACGGAGAAAGGGCGGAAAGGGAUAGCGAGUUUUUAUAAUUGGUAUUACGCAACAUUCAUGGUGGUUUUGGUGAUUACAUUGACAAUUGUUGUGUAUAUUCAAGACUCAGUUAGCUGGGUUUUGGGAUAUGGAAUUCCGACGGUGCUGAUGUUUUGUUCUAUAAUUCUGUUCUUCAUGGGAACUCAUGUUUAUGUGUUCAUAAAGCCUGAAGGAAGCAUAUUUACUGGCUUAGCUCAAGUGGCUGUUGCUGCUUACAAAAAGCGUCAUCUUAAACUCCCUGAUGAUAGGAAGGGUUUUUAUGACCCCCCGUUGGACCCUGCCUCUGUUGUCCUCUCAAAGCUUCCUCUCACUAACCAAUUCAGUUUUCUAAACAAAGCAGCAAUCAAGACAGAGAAUGAUAUAAACCCGGACGGAAGGAGAGUAAACAAAUGGAAUUUAAGCAGCAUACAACAAGUAGAAGAAUUAAAAUGCUUGUUUAGAGUUUUCCCAAUUUGGGUAACAGGAAUCCUUAGCCUAACUCCAAUUAUUCAACAAUCCACCUUCUCAAUUUCUCAAGCUCUUAAAAUGAACCGUCACAUGGGGUCCAAUUUCCAAAUCCCUCCUGCUUCCAUAAUCGUCAUCUCUUUCCUCACCAUCACUUUCUUCAUCCCUUUCUACGAUCAAUUCCUCGUCCCGACUCUCCGUAAAUUCACUGGACACCCGAACGGCAUAACCGAGCUCCAACGCAUGGCCAUCGGCAUAGUCUUCGCAGUCCUUUCCAUGGUCGUCGCUGGCCUAAUCGAAAUGCAGAGAAGGAAUCAAGCCAACAAUAACGGGUCUAUAAUGUCAGUUUUUUGGCUCACUCCACAAUUCUUCCUAAUGGGGCUCUGUGAAGCGUUUAAUAUAAUUGGGCAAAUAGAGUUUUUCAAUAAGGAAUUUCCAGAGCAUAUGAGGACUAUGGGAAAUGCUUUUUCGUCAUGCUCUAUCGCUUUAUCUAGCUAUAUUAAUACGGCUAUGGUUUUGAUUGUGCAUCGAACCACCGGACGUGGCGGCGCUCAUGGCAAGCCCGAUUGGUUGAUAGAUGAUCUCAAUAAAGGGAGACUAGAUUACUUUUAUUAUGUAGUAGCUGCAACAGCGUUUUUUAAUUUUUUCUUUUUUCUUUAUUGUGCUAAAAAUUACCGUUACAAAGGUCAUGUGUCUGACGACGAGCAAGAUUUGAAACUUGUUAUUAGCUCGGACAAAGUGUUGGAUGUUUGAAUAUCAUCAUUUGCUUAAUAAUUAAUUUCUUAUACUUAUACUCUCU